CUUAAAUUGAAGCCACUAGUCAGCAAACCGAGCUGAAGAAAACCUUCUACAAACGUUUUAUAAAGAAAGUUGUUCAAAUCAGACGAUGGAAAUUAAAAUAACAUUACUGAUUAUUGCAACGCUACAUGCAGCUAUCGAAGGCCAAUUGCUGUGCUACCACUGCGAAGACUGCACUUCUUCUAACCCAAAGAUUCAACCAUGCGGUUUAUCGAAGACUCAUACGGGCAAUGAAGAACUUAUUACUUCUUGGAACAACAAGAAAACUUCAAAAUUGAAUAAUGGAAAUGUUCUAACCACGGUUUGGCCAGAAACGGGUAACUCGCAGGGAUUGACCGAUGGUAAUGAGGAAAGUAUGCUGACCACGGUGUGGCCUAACUUUGGAGGUUCGAACGUGUUGACCACGGUUUGGGCAGGGCUGCUGGCAAAGCGGAAUGAAGAGCCAGCUGUUGGUGAUGAAUACGUUUGUGUUUUGGCGAAAUUUACUGUUGAAGAUCGUCAAAUUGUUCGAAGAGGAUGUGCGCGACAGCUGCAAAGCGACGACGUGACUUGUAACGAAUUGUUCGGGAGCAACAAUCAACAGUGUACUCUGUGUAGUUCACCUCUCUGUAAUAAGUAGACGUAGUUAACAGAUGCUUCACCGUUAUUCCCAUCUCAUAAUUUACAACGUUACUCAUGUCAUGACAUCUAAAUCUAUUUAUGUUCAAUCAAGUGAUAUUUACAAAGUGUCUCUAGGAGGAUAAUAUUAAAAUGUCAGUGAGUGCUUCAGGAAAACAUUUUUAAGACGA